AGCAGUGGCAACCCCUGUCCAGCACGACUUUAAUCUGUAUACAUAUAACUAACGGCCUAUCAACAUCAUGAUCUAGCAUCACGCGGAAAUUGUACAUGGAUGUAUAUCAAAGAAGUGUCCUGAGCGUUUUGACAGGGACUAACUUGGCAGACUGUAUCCAUGCUUCAUCGAAAUACCAAACCAUAAAAAGAAGCUCCAUAGGAAUCAGUAUUCUCGCGCAUAUCGUGACCGAAACUCCCAUGACUUAGACCAAAUGUCCAACGACAGAUCGAAACUGCACCAUCUGGUGCCUGCGCCCUGGGGUACGAAUCCGGACGGCGAACGGAGUCAAAGUGGUAUACCGCGUCGAGUCCGACCCAAAAACGCAUCUCGUGCAUGCAACGAAUGUCAAAAACGAAAAAUCAAGUGCAUCGGUUCAAAUCCUUGUAAGAACUGUCAUGAAAACUCUUUAUAUUGCGAAAUCAACGACGAGACGGACGGACGGCGGAGAUUUGCACUUAAGCGGAAAGUAGAAGAUCUCGAACAGGAUCGGCAUUUCUUAUUGGGGUUGGUUGAGGCGUUGCGAGAUGACGAAUAUCAUGCCAUGCAGCUUUUUAACUUGAUUCGAAGCAAUUCGUCUCUCGACGACAUUCGGGCUGCUGUACAUGAUCGCAUGGAACGAGUACCUAAUGCCGGUUCGAUGCCAACGACGUCGACGUCUGCACCCGAAUCGUCCAGCUGGGGUCUAUCAUCCUCCGCGGCGUCAUCGGUGAGUCCGAUGCCAUCUAAUAGCAGUCAGAUGGAUAUACAACUAUAUUCUUCAACGUCUGACACGAACUCCACAACCCGAAAGAUCAUGAAUAUCGACCGAUUGACGGAUAUCCCCCUGUUCGAACUAACUGCCAAACCAUGGACGGAGGUCACGACUGACGACGGGUUUGUGUCUCAUUUGGUAUCUUUGUGGUUGACGUGGGAUCACGUCUUGCGGGAUUGGAUUGAUAAGGACCUGUUUAUUGCGGCUAUGAAGGCAGGAGAUGUCAACUCUCCAUUUUGCUCGCCUUUCUUGGUUAAUAUUAUUCUAGCUGAGGCCUGCUGCUAUUCGAGUUACCCAGAAGCGUUCAUCAAUCCGGCCAAUCUUUCGUCACGAGGACAGCACUUUUAUAAUGAAGCCAAGAGACAUUUGGAUGCGAUGGAGGGGCGCAUCGAUUUGACGACGGUGCAGGGAUUGGGUAUUCUGUUCCUAAGUACAUGCUUGAUGGGCAAGGAUCGGGUUGGUCAGAACUACUUGUCUCAAACGAUCAAUUCGGUUCGAAGGCUGGUUGGCCGGGCCGAUGAGUUCAUUGCGCAAGCCGGAUCACAGGCAAAUGAAAUGGAGAGGUCAAUAGGGCUUUGUGCCCGAGGGAUAUUCAGUUUCCUCACUCUUGCAGGUCUCGCACUGCACACGCCGAUUUCAAUGCGGCCACCCAAACAAGCAUAUUUGCCAAUCGUUCACCACUCCACAGAUAUAUGGAUGACCUACCCAUACCGAACUCAGCCCGUCCCAGCACAUCGGAACUGCGUACACAACCAGUCGUUUGAUCUGCAUCUCAUCAUGUACGACGUCAGACGAUUCGUUGAUGCCGGUGAACAGGAUGAGCAAGUACGCAAUGCAUGCUCCUACUCCGAGGUUAACCGGGCUACGAGCUCGUUUUAUGAGCGUUUGGUACAGUGGCAUCAUAAUCUGCCGGAAUGUAUCAAGGAAGGACAAACUUGGACCCCGGCAGUCAUAGGGCUUCACAUGUACUACCACGUCUACAUAAUCACAAUCUUCAGUUACCUCAAAGCCCACCCUUCCACACCAGCGAACGUCGCGUCGACCGCGCAACAACAAUGCAUCGCGUCCGCACUAGCUGUGCGCGAUUUGAUGAAUAUUUACCGCUCUAGAUGGCGUCGGAUCGAAUACCAACCCGUCGACUACAUGCAGCUCACAACCGUCUGUCUAUUCACUUUACUGGAAGAUCUCACUUCUCCGGGAAGCAGCCAAGCGUUUGUCGAUCUAUCAGUGAUAGCACGCUCGGCGGCCCGUCGGUUCCAGCUUGCUCGAGGCAUGUUCCGACUCGUGCAACUAACGGCACGACAACAGAACAUCACUCUACCAGAGGAAGCGCAGCCCCUGUAUCAGGAAUUUGAAAUUGAAUGGAUUCGAGCGGGAGGCGUGGAGCAGUUUAGUAGUUCAUAUCCGAACUUUUCGCUUUCGAUGAGAUCACUUGCGGCAAGGAAUAGUCCGCCACAGGAUACCGGCGACGACAACGACAGUACCAAGCGUGGGAUGGAUAAGCGAUCUGACCUGUCAUUGAGCAAUGCAGAGUUGGAUUCGUUCUUGAGGAAGUGGGAUGACGCGUUAAAGAUUGACAAUGAGAUAUGAUUGUCUGAUUCCGAAUUUGGGCAGAGACCUAUUUAUGCAAGGGCAGUUGAUGUUAACAUGUGGAAGACGUGUCAAUCAAUUAUGAACAAAUUCUGCAUGCUGCUAGGACUCAAACAGUGCGACGGGAAGAGCCUGGAGAAUGGCCGGUUUCUGUGAGACGGCUAUCCCUAUGAAUGUCACACGAUGUCGCUAAAUAUAAGAUAAAACACUGUAUCAACAAGUAUCUCAGUUUUAGACAAAGAUGCAACAGUUCAAGCC